AUGAAUGAGAGCUUCACUCCUCCCUCCUCCCAGGACAACGAAUCAAGCUUUGGUCCUACAUCCCCUACUGAUGGCUGUCAUUGGAUCCAACCUGGGUAUGCAUUCUACGUGGCGACAAUGACCAUCGCCUGCAUUGGCCUUCCAUUGACGUUUGUGGCUAUCUUCGCUAUUUGUUUACUGGUACAAAAAGAUCACGUUGCUCCAAUAUACGUCAUCAACCUUCUCAUUUGUGACCUUAUUCAGCUUAGUUGCAUGAUCUUGAUGACGCAAGGUUUCAACAAAAGUUCCAUCUGCCAGCCAAUUAUUUUAAUUCAUCAGUUUGGAGUGACAGUCAGCAUUUUCUUCAUGGUGGUCAUCUCUCUGGAAAGGUAUUUAAUCAUCGCCUGGCCGCUGUGGUACAAAUUCAAACGAAACAUCAAGACAUCUAUGAUCGUCUCUGUGGUCGUCUGGCUCCUUCCUCUUUUAAAUCUCCCAAUCUUUUUCUUUGCCCAUGAUUACACAGAAACUAUUAUUGGAUGUUGUCUGCUCCUUCCAUUCCCCCUGCUCAUAUUCUUCCUGGGUGGGACCCUCAAAGCUCUGUCUUCAGCCCGCAGUGUCCCCCCUGAUGAAAAACGGCGAAUUGUAGCAGUUCUGGUCCUGGUUUUGCUGAUUUACACUCUGCUGUUUCUUCCACGAGUUAUUCUUUCCUUGUCAGAAAAGGUCAAACGAUAUCGAAAUUUCGAAAUUGUGACUGUGCUUCCACUUUUUUUCAGUCCCCUGGCAGAUCUGUUUCUGUAUGUUUUCAUGCGCAAAGGGAUCUGUGACAAACUUUUGGCCUCUCUGUGUUGUUGCAAAAUGGACCAUGAUGAUGUCACAUCAGUGGAGAACGUUGUAACUGUGCACUCAGACAGACCUGAGCAGGAAGAGAGAGAGAGGAAGGAGGAAAAAAAGAUGGCACAGUGUAGUCAAGAAGAAGAAUGUUGAUUGGAUCAAGUUGUUUUGGUUAAAUGCAGCUGCAGUGGACUGGUUGGUUGUGACAGCUUCAACAGACAAUAACAGCCCUAACCCCCCAUUUUAUUGGAAAUGUAUAUACUGGGUUUUUUUACACUUUAAGGUUGUAUCUAACCCCUAAACUUUAAAUUCAUGAAUCAAUCACUUCAGUUCAAACAUCAUCUUGAGGCUAAAUAAAAAUAAAGCAUUAUUAAGAUUCUUAUUACAGAAAACCUAUUCCUUCACUACCUAUAACAUUC